CGUCAUUUUCCAUUGGUUCUCAGGGCCUGCGCGGAUGCACGUGGCGUGCAUAUCCGCCUCUGCCGUCGAUAUGAACGGCAAGCUUAACCGCAGUGAUCGAAGCUAAGCUUCAGGUUGCAAUGCUUGUCUGGGCUAUACCUCGGGUGCUCUGACACCCUCUUGUACCACGCGAUCAAACAUACUGCAGCAAUAUAACCCCACACGCUCAUAUGUAAGCUGGAGACACCCACGGCCCAACCCAUCAUGGCCCACUCCCGCACCGAGAUGGUAGGAACAGUACCUACCGAAGACCGCUUCACGCGUCUUCUGUUCCGGCUGCCGGCAGAGAUCCGCAACGAGAUCUACUCGUACGCCGUCCCCAAGCCGCCGGCCUACAUGGCGCUGGACCUUCGGCACCCACACUCGGAUCCGAAUCUGCUCUGGACGGCAUGUUCCCAACGGCUAUUCGCCGAAGCCGGGCCACUCUACUACGGCGCAAUCGUGCUCUACACGUGCACCACCUUGAGCGGCGAGGCCAUGUACUCGGGUAGGUUCGACCACGGAGAUACCAAGCUUACCAGCGCCACACGCGGGAAAGACAAUGGCUAUUCGCGUUCCCUCAGUGAUCCACGGAAGACAUUCGACAAGCAUCUGUUCCACUACGGUUCCAUGGCAUAUCCGUCUCUCCGGCCACUCAUCUACAACAUGCCCUCCACCCUCGCAAUCGACAUUCGUGUCGACACAUGCCAGUCCAGCCAAACCUUGUCCGGGCCCGUCUCGCAGUAUUUCCGCGACUUGCUCGCCGCCUUCCCGAGACUGAAAACGAUAUAUGUCUUCUUCGGCCCUCCCUGGAUGUUGUACGACCCGGCAGGCAUGACCGGGACCCGCCACCUCUUCGAGAGCGAUCCGCCCUCGCCGCACGCGAGUGACGAUCAUUUCAGAGGCGAGAAGGACGCAAUCAGGAGGCUGGUACCGGCUGAUUGUGAACUACGCUGGCGAGUGUCACCCUUGUGGGCGAAGAUGGACGGUCAUGGCGCUGCGGGAAGGCAGCCUGUAAUAUAAAGUGAACCCUACACCGCCGCCAUG